ACCGCAACAGAGGAACUCUGCGUACCUCAUCGUGCAAGCGUAAUUGCGCCGCACCUCCCUCUCCCAUCGCCAGUUGUUGCCAAAAGCCUGUACACUUCAUCCGCACGCGCUCCCUCACCGCCUCACCGUCGCCCUUCUUGUCCCCCCUACCUCCCAGAAGCACAGAUGAAGAACCGUAUCCGUGCGUUGCUUCUGGGGUUCGUGCUCUGCUUCAGUGAAGCUUUUGUUCCAACAACUCCGCUGGCAACAACAUGUUCGCACCCGGCAACGAGAGCGACCAUGAGCAUGAAACAAGGGACUCCACUACGAUCGAGGAUUGAGCGCGCCGCCGUUGCUGCUGCGGUGGCCACCUCGGUGGCCAUCCUUAGCACCGCGUCUGUGCCGGCAGCAUUUGCCGAAGAGCUUCCGCCUGGCACCAACCCGUUCACGUCCAUCUGCAUGGGCUUCGGUUGCGGGGAGUUCCAGGGACUGGACUACCCAGGCGCGCCGGCCCCCACCGAUGAAGACUCAAUUACCUUCAAGAGCUUCCUCCAGUCUCUAGACAAGGGGCUCGACACCAAGGUCGACUUUCUCGCCGGCGGCGACAAAGCCUACGCCUUUGUGAAACCCGAUGCGGCGGGGGAGGCCACGCGCAUUCGUGUCGGGGAGGGCUACCCGAACGAGCAGGGGAACAGCUGGAGCUCGCCGCUGUGGGUUGUCCGCGCUUUGAACGACCGCAACGUACCUUACCACUUCGAGUACAACCUCGGCAAGGGCCGCGCUACGCAGACCGUAGCCAAGUGAGGGAGACGAACGACGUAAUCAGCCAUGAUAUUUUAUGCGCUGUCCUCCGUCUAUUUAGUGGCUAUGCGAAGAGUUGGCGCCCUCGCGCUUCCGCAACCAUGAUGUUCCCGAUGUCACAAUGCGGCGCUCUUUCGCUCUGUGUCAGGAGGGGGUCGGUGGAUAGACGGAGGGGGGUAGCGAUCAAAGGGGCCGAGCAGUGUUUGCUCGCUCCGUUUCCGAUAGCCUCUGGUUGAAGACGGCUAAAUUUUGGGGUUAGACCUUGUUGGAGUUCUGGGAUUACCCAUUUUUCGUGCUAUGGUACGAGGUAGAGAGUGUCUUAAGCAUGUAUCGGUCGCCUGAGCCGACUGCCCGAUAGAAGACGCCCGUAUGGCCAGGGGCGACAACAAUCCAAAAGGGAGUUGUUAUUGUUUCCUGGUCCUAGAAGUGGCGGCAGUGACUAGUCCCCCCCCCUUCGUUGUCCGCGGUUGAUCGGUUCGUUGUGCGUGCGGACAGCGUAGUGUUGAGGGUUCUACAGCCUUGUCCACUGCGUGGUUGCGUUUGUCGGCAGCAGAGAUGUGUGUAGAGUGCGGCAGUGGAUGUCCAGCCUAGUUAUUUUUUUCUUGAUGUCAGCAGCGAAAGAGUGGAGUGCCGAUUUCUGUAUAUAUGGUGCGGGUAGGUCCACCGUGUGGGAGAAACUGAUUAAAGGCGUAUCGAGAGAUUGCGAGGGCAGAGUUACAGGGAGAGAGAACGGUGAAUGCAUACGAAGCCACACCGAGGUAAAACAAAAGGUGGAACCUCAGGCGGAGGGAGCGUGCGUAUGAAAUGGAGUACGGAAGAGGUGCAAGCGCAUAGUAGAGACUGCAGUGGUUUUGCAGGCGCAUCUUUUUCUUUCGACGAAAUUUGUACUAGCGGUAAAUGCGUGGGAUGUUAACUAAACAAGUGUAGGUUGAUCGCCCGUCGCUCUUUCCGGUCACCGCUAGCGGACUUUUGGGACCAAUAUGAAAAUGAACAACGGAGAGUGCUAUGUACGUACCUUGAAUGUGUGUCAAGUCGCCAAAAAUUGUUUCUGCGUGAUGUCAUUGAGGUUUAUGUUCUCUCUAGCUUGCUCGUAGUCACUGGCUUUUGCCUGUUGGGCCGUUCCGUACUCUGCACGUCGAUGGUGGAGGGCGCGCGCAGGCCGCGCCGCAUCUGUUUACAGAAGCGUUCUUCGAAGCACUCCUCACAUCGAAAGGCUCAGAGGCUCUCGCAGUGAAAAUACGAGCGCGAAAGCACAAAAACUCGGGAAAGUGUACAACAAUUGAAAACGCAAGGCCUUCUGUACCUCCUAACUUUAUGAACCAGUCCUAUUUUUCUGUGGCGGCAUCUUCCUAAUCUCUGAAUCCAGAGUCUGUUUUUGACCGCUAGGAAGCCGAUGCCAUUGGGUAUGAAGUCCAACGGCUCUCAGAGCAACCUUGCCAUUCUUGGUGUGUGUUCUAGUCAAUCUUGUACUUUUCCGCCGUGGAGUCGUAGUCCCUGAAUCCAACGACUCUCUGGACCUCCUCGAAGCCUUCCAGGAGGUCAUCCAACGGUUCUCCCGCCUUGAGCCUCUCGAGAGUCGAGUUCAUGGCCUUGAUGCUCGCGCUCAGCAGGCUCAGAGGGUAGGCCGCGAUCGCGUACCCCAUCUCCUCGAGCUCGACGGGCGGUAAUAUUGGGGUCUUCCCAAACUGCGCAUGUUGGCGAGCUUGGGACCGUCGACCUCUUGGCAGUACCGCCGCAUCUCCUCCUCGCUCUGAGGGGCCUCCAAGAACGUGAUGUCCGCGCCAAUCUUCCUGA